ACGCAAUAUAUUGGACAGUGCACAUGAUGCUACUCUUGACAGAUGGAAAGAAAAGAAAAAAAGGGAAGAAAGCCGCAAAGGUUCGUUUGGUGAUGGUUUGCCGGUGGCUUGCUCCUCGAUGAUCGGAGAUGUAAUCGCUUCCGUCAUCCAUAUUUUGAGUCUUUGAGGCUCAGCUCAACAAAAUGGGAACGAAAUAGCCCGUCCAGUGCCGAGGGAGGAGACAUAAAAACACCGACCCACUGAUUGUUUAACCACCUCUCAUGAACUCACCUCUAUACCUAAUUUUGUGAUAGCCCAAUCAAACAACCUACUUUCACCCAGUCAUCAAGACCAACCUUACGACCUUCACAUACCUCUACACACAAUAACCGCCCACAAACCACCAACAUGUCCAGCGCCAACUUUUCCAACGAGGCCCCUUCCGGCCAAGUUAACGACCCCUCCUACAAGACCAAGGGCACAGAAGCCGUUCCCGUCAUUGACGACAACGCGCCUGUCGAAGAUGGGCUUCUUCCAGAGGAGGCGGACAGCGAUCGUCAAUUGGCCAGGGAUGACACUGAAGCCAUCGACGAGUCCAACAUCAUCGAGGAAAAGACGAGACACGCCAAGCCCAAGGGAACGUACCGGGAGCCAAGCGAUGAGGAGCUGGGGUUGAAUGAGUAGAUGACCCGUGGUCUCAUGGGGUUUCCCGCAACCUUGGGAGUUGGUAGACAAACGGAUGACAUGACUUUAUGAUGGAUUGGUUUCCUUUCAUUCGGCGUUUCGGGACGGGAAUGAGUUUGAUUGAUGACUUGACUGCAAUUGGUCAGGAUCAACUUCUGGGACAUGGAAUGGACCUAGGUACUCGCUGGCUACCAGAUCUGACCAAAGUUUUGGAUAAACAAAAAACCAUGACCUAAUUUGAGUCAAUAGAGUCGAGGUGUUGCUCUGUGAUUCGUACAUCUGAUCGCGCACACUUGUCCGAGUUCGUUCUUGUCAUAACGCGAUCCGCGGUGUUCGUUGACACAUCAAAAAACCUCCAACGCCAUUUCGAGUAAGGACAUGACGGCGGUGGACUCCGGCUGGGCGCGUUAAUUGAAACUUGAGAAGUUGCCAAGCGGUGAUGAUGCCAAGCUCAAGUGGAAGUUUGU